AUGGAAAAUACAAAAAAAAAACAAAAGCCUUACUCGGAAUAUGAAAAACAAGUUUUAAUACAAUUAGUUCAAGCCAAGAUCGGUGUGAUCGAAAACCGAAGGACAGACGGCGUUUCGCUUAGAAAGAAAAGUGAAGCUUGGGAAGAAAUCACCUCUCAAUUCAAUAAUUCGAACGUGACACAAAUCGCUGAUACUAAACAAUUAAAAAAGAUGUGGCAAAAUUUAAAAACCAAGGCCAGGGAUGCCAAGACUCUGGAGGCCCAAAGGAAAAGGACAGGCGGAGGACCAGCUCUGUCAGAUAUGGGACCUUUGGAGUCUCAAGUAAUAGCUGUCAUGCCAAAUGUUUUACCAUCCAUCAACAUAGAAAUUGACAGUGAUACAAUUGCUACCGGUAGUACCCUUGGACUAGACAACGACGAGCAAAUGUGGCUCCCAAAGAGAGCUCGUAUGUCUGAUAUGGAGCAAAAUAAUAAUAUAGAUAUCGAAUUCAUAGAUGACGUACAAAAAAAAAAAGCCCAAAGCCGAAACAGGGAAAACAGAAAAAAACUUUUGAUGAACUGA